GGUUCUCUUCACUUCCUGUAAAGUUAUGCUCAACAGAAGCAGCUACAUGUGAAACACAGAGAAAAGCCCCGGACACAAUUACAGAAGAGUGAGAAAAUGGAUGUGUUCUCAACCACCUCAUGAAGACUUUUCCCCACUGAAUGAGAUGGCGUUGUAGGCUUGGGGGACUGUAACAGCCAGAGGAGCUGCCAUGGACACCCUGAUUGUCAGUGGAAUACAGCUCUCCCCAGUGAAGGGCUUUGACCAAAUAGUGGAGAUCAGAGCACAGAAACGUGAACACCUGCGAGGACGUAACAACGUGACUUCAUGUCGCAGCCCUACGAGAGAGUUUGACACAAAACUGAUAAAGAAUGAACUGAAGGAAAAGAGGCAUCUGGAAUUUCUGAGGAGGAGAUCAGUGAGCCCAGAGCCGUAUGAUUUGAAGUCCACAAACCAUUCUUCAAAGAGAAACCCUUUACCGAAGACAUUUUCAAUACAACAUCACAGUUCAUUCAGCAAGUCAGAGACAUUGCAUACGAAUAUCCAAAACACUCCCACCACUAAUGGACAGCCAAUGAUGAUUUCAACACCAAACAGCAGCAUAACUGAUGGCCCAAGCACCAGCAAAUGGGCUUCAUUAUGGUCAGAACAGGUAACACUGUUGAGGCAAGAGAAAGGUCAUGCAAGGAAGCAAGCAUAUACCUCCACACCAUCGAUUAAGGAAUCAAACCAGCACAGGACGAAAAGCGCAGAUAAAAGAGAGAAUAGUAUUAAUGGUCAAAAGACGAGCAUCAAAACAUCUAUUCAAACAGAAACAAUUCACCAAAAAUUUUCUGUGCAAACUGAAAAUACUGUCAAAAAAAAGAUACUGCGAGAGACCAGUGUGCAGACAGAGUCUGGUCUUGUCACUGUCAAGGAGUCCGAUCUUCAGAGAUUAACUAACUACUUGCAGGAGGCCCUGUGGAGAGAGGAGGCAGUGAAGAAGAAGAUGGCAGCCCUCCAGGAGAGCACGUCAAACCUCAUGAACUCCUCGAACAAAAUAUGGACAGCUCGCUGCAGUGAAGAUCUACUGAGAAACAAGAUCAAGGCUCUAGAGGCACAGCUGCAAGUCUGCCUGCAGAAGUUUCCCAGGGAUGGAGUGAAGAAAUUGGUGCUACAGAUGGAGAAGCAGAAACUGGUGUAUGAGGAGAAGGCCCUCGUUGCCCUGCAGAAGGCCACACAGGACAAAACUGAGGCGCUCAGCAAGGCUGAGACACUGCAGGAAGCGCUAAUUACAGCCAAGGCAGAGGCACUGAGGUGGCAGAGCGUUUAUGAGGAGCUGAAGCUGAGCUCUGGACAACUCAGGGAGAAUCAACACCUCACUAAUGAACAGCUGCAACAGCUGCACAGCCAAGUGGAGCUGUCCAGAGCCAGAGAGGCCGAGCUGAGGGAGGAGGUGGUGUCAUUAAGACAAGAGAAGAAGGAACUACAGUACAACAUUUGCCUGCUGGAAGAGGACAACCAGAUGUUAAGAGAGGAAAUCCAGAACCUAAGAGAUGUCAGCAAUGAGAGCCAGGACUUCAUGAUGCAGGGGUGUCUCACGUCAGAGGAGGCAGAGCCACGACUGACGUUGAGGAGAGACUCUCAGGUGGAGGAGCAGCUCCGUCACACUCAGGAGAAACUCCAACUCAAAGAGAGAGAGUGCGAGGAGCUGCAGACAGAGCUGCAUGCCGUGGAGCAGGAGUGUCAGUCCAGCCAGGCCCGGCUGUCGCAGUGCAGGGACGAGCUCCGGCAACUCAGCCACCGCGGCAGGAGACCGAUGCUGUGUGGCUCCUGGUGGAAGGUGUGUGUGUUCUUCCUUCUACUCCUCGCUGUGGCAGGGGUUGCCAUGUUGUGGCUGUGGCAUCCUCCUUUCCGGGAGCAAGUUGAAGACCUGUACUCAGACAUGGAGACACGUAUAGAAGAGUAUCUCAUGGAAAUGGCCUCUCCUCAACACUCAGGCUGUUUUAGACCAAUAUGAUAAUGCUACUGCUCAAGAAUAUUAUAUUUGUUGCUUUUGUUUUAAAAUGAGAUUUUUCUUUUAGGAUGUAGUUUGUUGACAUUUUUUUAUUUCCUGUAAUUUUAGACUUGGUACUCAGAGUGUGUGCGAUGUGAGAUAAUGUUGUGUUGACAUGUGUAGGAUGUUUGCAGAAAGUUAAUACAAGUGAACACUUCAAGUGUGGAAAAUGCAACAAUGUUUGUUUGUAAUGUUUGCAACAAUGAAAACUUGUUAAAAGCACUGUCAGCUCAAACGUUGGCUGACGUUAAUGACAAUUUAAAAAACUGUGACUCCAUAAUAUCAACAAAAUAGUUAGGAGAAGAAAAAUUGGAAGUAUCCUUUGGACUGUAAACAGCUUAUUUAGUCAAAAGUACCACACUGAAUUAUUAAAAAGCCAUGUAAAAAACAAAGACAAAAUAUCACCGUAAUUCUUUCAGCUGUUGUGUUAGAAUUAGCAUCAGUGCUAUGAGGUAUCGGGGAGUUGUUUUAGAUUCACUCUUACUCACAAUAAAAGAAAGAAGGGAGAGUAAGCACUCAAUAAAAGAGCCAAUGGGGUUUUAUAUUAUAAGAAAUAAAGAAAUAUUUUUACUUUAA